UCCGUUAUUAAAAAUUAUUCGAAUUCAAAUUUUGUUCUCGAAUCGUGAUCGUUGGCAAUUGUUUUGUGUGUAUCGCUGCGUUUGCGCAGACGAAAUGAGAUUUGGUAGUGUUGUGCCCCAAUUAGUUUGUCCAAAUGUCGCACCUUGAAGUUUCAGUGAUUUGUGAAUGAGAUACUUAAAAUGGCCGGCAAGAUCACCGCUGCUUUCAUCGUUUUCGUCACCAUUGCAUUCCUCGCCAACUUCGGUCAUGUCGCCUGCAACCCUGCUAUCGCAACUGGCUACGAUCCCAUGGAGGUUUGCAUCGAGAACUGCGCACAAUGCAAGAAAAUGCUCGGCGCCUGGUUCGAAGGCCCCCUCUGCGCAGAAUCCUGCAUCACCUUCAAAGGAAAGCUGAUCCCCGAGUGCGAAAACUUCGCGUCCAUCUCGCCUUUCCUAAACAAACUUUAAGUUUUUAACGAACCUACAGAUUUGAGCGGCGUUUUGUAGUGAAAUGAGGUUAGAAUUUUGUUGCCAGUGCAAAAAAAUGAUUUGGCUUCUGGUAGAUUUUUCAGACGCAAAUGGGUCUAUAAAAAGUCUAGUCAUUUAGUUCUAUCUAGAUAUUGAGUUCUAUGUUAAAACUACUUCUUAAAAAGGAGGAAGAUUUUAGUUCAACUAAUUUUAUUUCAUCGCCAUUGUUCCCAGUUUGGAAUUUCUAAAUUACUUUUUUGAACAGUAUUACAUCAUAAGCAUCAAAUCUCAAGUAUGAUUAAUACCUCGGGUACAUAUUUCAUUACGAUUCGCGGCUCAGGAAUCCAUACAUUUGAGAUGUUUAACAUUGCAACCGACGACAUGCCAAAGCAUUUGAUACUCUAUAUGAAUUAGCUUUAAGACGAAUUUUGUUUGUAAGUUUUAUACUCGUUUUAUAUACAGGGAUUAAUAUAAGAUUAUAAUUGAAAAAUAAAUGAAUGAUUUGAAAAUUUA